GCGAGCCGCCUGUGAGUGGUGCGGGGCGGAGAGCUGCGCGCCUCAGGGCGGCGCCGGGAGGGCGGCGACUUGCACUUGAGCCCGAGGAAAACAGAGAGGCGUCCACGAAGCCGAGCUUUCUGAGGAAGAAGAUCCUUUUAUUGAUUUUCUUCCAGAGCAAACUGGACCUCAGUUGUCAAAGGUGGUGCUCGUGCGGUGUCUGACACAGGAGCAAAACAGUUCCUAGAGGAGAAUGAUGACGCUUGCAGCUCGUGACCUGGGAAAGGAGGCAGUGCUCUUGGGAGAAACAGCAGAGGCCCCAGGCUUCAAUCUGAAGUUAGCAGAAUCCCAGCCAGUGGGCAUGUCCCAGGAUGAAGAAUUUUGGAGUACAUACCAGGGUCUACAAGAACAGCUGAGCAGGAGUACUCAUAAAGAAACUGAGCCUUUGUGUGAGAGGGCUAUGCCUGCUCACCAGAUCCUAGCCUUUCCUGAGCAGACAAAGACCAAAGACUGGACAGUGGCACCUCAUCUUGUCCUGCCUGAGUCCCAGAGCUUGUUGACAUUUGAAGAAGUGGCCAUGUAUUUUUCCCAAGAAGAAUGGGAGUUACUGGAUCUCACUCAGAAGGCCCUCUACAAUGAUGUAAUGCAAGAAAACUAUGAGACUCUCAUCUCUCUAGCUGUGCCUGCUCACCAGAUCCUAGCCUUUCCUGAGCAGACAAAGACCAAAGACUGGAAAAUGGCACCUGAGCUUGUUCUGCCUGAGUCCCAGAGCUUGUUGACAUUUGAAGAAGUGGCCAUGUAUUUUUCCCAGGAAGAAUGGGAGUUACUGGAUCCCACUCAGAAGGCCCUCUACAAUGAUGUAAUGCAAGAAAACUAUGAGACUCUCAUCUCUCUAGCAUUAUUUGUGCUCCCCAAACCCCAAGUGAUUUCCUGUCUAGAGCAAGGGGAAGAGCCUUGGGUUCAAGGAUCCCUGGAGUUCAAGGACAGUCCCACAGAGCUGCCUACAGCAGGGUUAAAGCUAAGAAAUGACACUGAAAAUCAACAGCCUGUAUGUCUUUCUGACUUAGAAAUACAAGCACCAGGAGACAUAGUAUCAAAAAAGGCCAGAGUGAAAGUUCCGCAGAAAACAACGGGCAAGGAAAAUCAUGGUGAUACGCACAGGGUGGGGAAAUGGCACCAAGAUUUUCCACAGAAGGAAAGAAUGAAAAUUUCACCCUGGAAAGAAGAGCUGCUGAGACUUAUCGAUCUUCACAAGAAAGAGCGUGCAGAAGACAAGCCUUUUAAGUGCCAGGACUGCAGGAAAAGCUUCAGAGUUAGCUCUGAUCUUAUUAAGCACCAAAGAAUUCACACUGAAGAGAAGCCAUAUAAAUGCCAGCAGUGUGAUAAGAGGUUUAGAUGGAGUUCAGAUCUUAAUAAGCACUUAACAACACACCAAGGAAUAAAACCAUAUAAAUGUUCAUGCUGUGGGAAAAGCUUCAGUCAAAGUUCAAAUCUCCACACACACCAAAGAACUCACACUGGAGAGAAGCCCUUUACAUGUCAUGAAUGUGGAAAAAAAUUCAGUCAGAACUACCAUCUUACUAAACACCGGAGAACCCACCUGUAGCAUAUGCUGGCAAAAAUUCAGGUGGUCAAGACUUCUUAGACACCAGAAACUCCACCAGGGAAGGGAAGCUUGUCCAGU